GAAAAAGUCCACGGAUCUUUAAACUCAAUAAAAAGGAAGGUGUUGUUCCGUAGAUGCAUGAUGUAAUAACACUCUCUUGAUAAUAUAUAAAAGGAAAAGAAUGAUUCUAUCGUAGACCCUUUUCUCUAUUCUCUUUUUUUUUCAUUCUAAGAACAAUAUCAUGCCAAUUAGUUCUCUAAAGCGAAGCAACACAGUAAAUACUGAAAAGUCUACAUCAGCUGAUACAGAACAACAAGAUAGAGGACAAGGCUCAGGGUCAAAAAACCGCUCAAAACAUGCUAAUCAAAGCUUUAAGCGACCCGUUACCUUGUAUGAAACUGGACAAUUAAAUACAUCAGUUCGGUUCAUGGAUACCCAAGCAGAAGGAAGACCAAGCAUUUAUUUGUUUAUCUUUGUUAAUCCUCUCUCUGGAGACUGCAAAGGCGAGGAUUUGAUAAAGUUACCCAUUCAGCAUUUCCGUUUACGUCGAUUUCCUCAGGUACAAGUGGAAAUACACAAUAUACUUGAUGACAAAGACCGCACCUUGGGGUUGGCCAAUAUCAAGCUAGUAGAGGAAAUGGCCAAGGCUGGUCAAUUGCCGUCACUAGACAGUCAUCAGCAAGAGACAGAAUACAAGAUUGGUGAAACAGUAAGAACACGUCAUAUUCACGUUUGGAGUGCUGGUGGCGAUGGAACGGUCAUGAGUGUAUUUGAGCUGUUGGUGAGCAAUCAUGUCGAUUUGGAUUCACUUUUCUUUUCAUGCAUACCCUUUGGCACAGGAAACGAUUUUAGUCAAGUAUUGGGAUGGGGCAGAACAAUUCCACAUGUAGAUAUAUUAGGAAAAAGACUAUCGCACCUUGAGCAGCUAAUAACAGAAAGAUUACAAAGUUCUGAAGCAGCACGUCUUGAUAUAUGGGAGAUCGAGAUGUCUGCCUAUUCAGACGGUUAUGUCCGCUUAGCAGGGCCCAAAAGAAAAGAUGGACAUGAUGUAUUAGAGAUCUCACAGCAAAAUAAUGAGCAAGUGCCGCAUCUAACACGCAAAAUGUCCAAUUACAUGUCAAUUGGUGUUCAAGGCUAUGUCGGAAGUGGGUUUGAAAGACAUAGGGCUGGUAAUAGAUUGGCCAAUAUAUUGGUAUACACUAUUGAGAGCGCCAAGUGGGUUUUUUGGAGAAGGUUUCCUUCUGUAACAAGUUUCAUCGCAAAGGUUGUGAAUAAUAACGAGACUGUACUAUUAUGUGAUGAUCCUGAUAAGCAAAGUGAUGAUGAAUCAGGCAAUAUACCAAAAAUGAUAAAGCACCCCAUUGAUCUUGUUAUACAAAAUAUACCACACAUUUGGGGCCGUGAAGUUGAUUUAUGGGGUAAUACCAAAAAUGGGUUAGACGUUGUUGAAAAUCGUAGAGGUUUCACAGAUCCGAAUAACUGGUCACCACAAUUAGCCAAUGAUGGUAAGCUGGAGAUGAUGGCUAUUGAAAAUAUGACAAGCUACAUUAAAGAACUUGCCAACAUACGCGAAAAUGUACGUCGGAUUGGUCAAUUUGGAGAAUCAUUCGAGAUCAUAUUUAGACGCAAGUCCGAUACUGAAAAAUCUACAAAGUGGUUUGAUAACAAGUAUAAGAAAAGAAAUGUUAUUUGCAUCAUGUGUGAUGGAGAGUUUUAUGUUCUAAAGAACCCCAAGUCAUUAAAGAUCAAACGAUAUGCUCAGGUUUGGACAUUAGGAAGGCAUGAUGAAAAGCGUAAAGGCAGAUUAGUAAUAGAUGAACACACAAUUGGAUUUCGUACGAAAAUGUAAAUUAAUCUUCCG